GUUUUGACAAUUUUACUCAUGGCAAUUGAAAUGGCCUAGGCAGAGAAAGGACUAUCAUUUCUUUUGUAAAAGUGCUUUCAAGUAUAGGUGGAGAUGGGUAACGGUGAAUCAACUGCAAUGCGAAUAUCUAUGCAGAAAACUGACGAAGGUCAUGUGCAGGUUUCUGAGCAAGUACUUUCAAGAUUGAAAAAAGGAAAAGGACUACCAGUUGAUGAGCCAAGAGAUGAAGUUGUUAUAAAGGAAGAAAACCUAAGACAUCUGUUGAAUGAUGCAUACAAAAAGGGAAGAGAAGCAGGAGAAAAGAUAGCUGCAAGGGAAAUUGAAUCAAGGACAGAAAAGCUAGAGAGAAAUGAAAAGGACAAAGUGUCUCGUUUGAAGGAUAUUGAGGACUCUGUCAAUCUUAGGAAUAUUGAAAUUGGAAAAUUGAACACAAAAAUAGAUGAACUAGAAAUAGAAGCACAGGCAAAGCUGCUUGAAAAGCAAGCUUUGGUUGACUUAACAAAAGAACGGCUCAGUGUUGAAAGGAAAGAUAGAGAUGCGCUCCAGGAGAAGAUUAUGGACAUUACUGCAAAGUUUGAAGAGCAGUCAAAAUUGGCAUCACUGACACAAGAAAGGCUUCGAGAAGAACAAAGUGUAAAAGAAGAGUGCUUAAAAAGGCUUGAGUCAAGAGAUGAGUCUAUGAAAUCCGAAUUUAACAGAGGUGUCGAGGAUAUAAAAAAGGUGCUUGGACCCCUGCAACGAGAUGUGCUUUGUCGGGAACUACAAAAUGACGUUCUAGAAUGCUAUCGAAACAACAAACACCACCCCCUUCGUUGCUCUAAUAUAGUCAAAGAAUUCAGACAGUGUGUUCAGGACGCCAGGAGGAGACAAAUGGAGAGUUAAGAGUCAAGUUAACCGACGUGGAUCUUGAGAAUGGACUCCAUACAAAUGCGUGAUUUUGCCAAAUCAAACUUUAUUUCCAAGUGUUUUAUUUUAAUGAUAUUUGCCAUUAGAUACCUCUAACGAUUUUGUGCAUACAAACCCUCUGCCA